GGUUUUAUCUACGAGCAUCAGACUAAUAAUGUCGAAAUUCAUCGCUUCAUUCGGUUGGUCACUCAUUCUAGCAACAUUUAUUUUCGUAUUGUCAAUCACAAAAGAAUUAGUCGACGGAAGAACGAUUUCGAAUAUAGCGAGCAAAUCAAUAAUCAAAUCCAUUAAUGUUGACAAAGAUGAAAUCAUCGAUUGUUAUGAUAUCUACAAGCAACCUUCUCUUAAUCAUCCUUUGCUUCACAAUCAUACAAUACAGGUGAAACCAAGUAUGAGCCCGACGAAUAUAAAAUCAGAUAAUUUCGGGACACUUCAGCUUACACAGAUUUGGCAUAAGUAUGGAACAUGUCCAGAAGGAACUAUCCCUAUACAGAGGAAUAUAAAAGAUGUUCGUUCAAUACUCUCGCGCAAACAUCGUCGUCGGAAAUUUUCUCAUUAUAAGAUGCCUAAUACAUCACAUUCAAACGGUAUUAGGGACGGCCAUGAGUACGCGGUAAUUAGGGUGUUCGGGAAUUUUCUAGGAGCACAAGCAAAAAUAAAUCUUUGGAAUCCGGUUGUGGAAGCACCACUUGAGAUAAGUAUAUCUCAAAUUUGGAUUACAGCCGGUGAAUAUGGUGAUCGCAAUAGUAUUGAAGCUGGAUGGGAAGUUUCUGAGGCUAUAUAUGGUGAUAACCAGACCAGAUUCUUUAUACUGUGGACUACGGAUGACUACAACACCGGUUGCUACAACCUCGAAUGUGAAGGCUUUGUACACACAUCCUCAGAUAUCGCUAUCGGGUGUAAUUUCACAGAAUUAUCCACUUUCAAAGGAGACCAGAAAGAUGCCACUUUUAGUAUACACAAGGAUCAAAAUAGUGGAAAUUGGUGGGUACAAGUACAAGGUAUUCCAGUGGGAUAUUAUCCAAGUUCUCUUUUCACUCAAUUAUCAAAGACAUCCACAGAAGUAGAUUUCGGCGGAGAAAUCUUUAAUCAAAGAUCCAAAAAACGACAUACUACGACUCAAAUGGGUAGCGGACAUUUCCCUUCAGAAGGAAAUUUGGGAAUUUCAAGCUAUUUUAAUUAUGUCCAAGUAGUUGAUGAAAAAUACGAAGCCAGAGACCCCAAAGAUGUUAUGCCGGUUGUAUCGAAUCCACAUUGCUAUGAUUUGAAAAUUGACGACAACCAUAAAAAUGGUUAUGGUUUUUUUUAUGGAGGUCCUGGUUAUAAUGAUAAUUGUCAGUAAUAAAGACAUGAUAUGCCUAAGUGGUUAAUUGUUAGCGGAGGUUAACCCUUAGUAACUUGUUAGUCAUAUUCCGAUAGAUGGUACUCUAUGGCCGAACUGCGAGACCACCUGUAUUGUUUUCAGUUACACAAAUUUAAGUUACGAGUACAAUUUCUUCAUUCUUUGCACUACCAACAUAUUUGUAUUUUUAUUAGUAAUAUUGUUGUACUUACCUAGAAAUAAUUACU